CCGUUCUUGAGGUGAGAAUGUUUAGAUAGCGGCCGUUUUGAUUGGUUGUUUAUAAGAGAAGAUUGUGGUUUCAAAUUGUGUUGUCCGGGUUAGAGAGUCGCAGGUAUAGUUUGGAGUGCAGCCAUUGUUUGAGUAGGUAGAUUUUUCAACAUGACAGAAGAUUGGGAUGCGGAACUGGGAACGGAACCUGUUACUGUUAUCCCAUCCUUCGAUGACGUGGCAAGCGUAAUGAAUGAUGAUAUCAAUGGAAAUCAAUCUUCAGAUUUGAAAGAACACCGUAAAUGGCAACCCAAAUUUAAUGGUCAUCCAGAUUGGCGACCCAGACGGGUUGAUAAUCAAGGCUUUUCACAAAAUGCAACUUACAAUGAAAAUGAGUUUGAUGUCCGAGCUGGAAGAAGAUGUGCGUUUGGUAGAGGUGACCAUGGUGGAUUUCCAAGAAUGAAUAUACAAAACGCAUGUGGAGACAGUCCUGUUGGCAGAGGUGGCCCAGUUGGCAGAGGAGUUUCCAGUGCAAGAGGAGGAUUUGGUGCUCCAUCAGGUGAGGGUGAUGGCCGAUUUGGUUUAAAUCGUGGGAAAGCUGGAUUUGGCUCUGCUGCAUCAAGAGGUGGUUACAGAGGUAGAAAUGAAGAGCCUUUUUCUGGAUCUGGUUCUAAAUUGAGAGGUCAUUGGGAUCCUGACAGUGCUGACGGUGACGAUAAAAACCAAGGUCCCAAAGUGACUUAUGUUCCUCCAGCACCACCUGAAGAAGAAGAUGCCAUUUUUGCUCAGUAUCAAACUGGAAUUAACUUUGAUAAAUAUGAUGAAAUUCUUGUGGAUGUUUCAGGAUUUAAUGUCCCACCUGCAAUACUGACAUUUGAUGAAGCUCAUCUGUGUGAAACUUUGAACACGAACAUACGCAAGGCUGGUUAUCUGAAGCCUACACCAGUUCAGAAGCAUGGGAUUCCAAUUGUGCUUUCUGGCCGGGAUUUGAUGGCAUGUGCUCAGACUGGCUCUGGGAAAACAGCUGCUUUCUUAUUGCCAAUAAUAGAAAUGCUGCUGAGGGGCAAGGUAGUAGCUGAUCGAUUCAAGGAGCUCCAGGAACCAGAAGUAGUCAUUGUAGCACCAACACGUGAACUGAUCAAUCAGAUAUAUCUAGAAGCUAGAAAGUUUUCUUACGGAACUGUUGUGAGACCUGUUGUACUCUAUGGAGGAACAAGUAUAGGACAUCAAAUCCGUCAGGUUUUGCAAGGCUGUAAUAUAUUGUGUGGCACCCCAGGAAGACUUUUGGAUAUUAUCUCUAAAGGAAAAGUUGCCCUUAGUAAGGUCCAGUACUUGAUACUGGAUGAAGCAGAUCGCAUGUUGGAUAUGGGAUUUGAACCAGAUAUGCGGAAACUUGUCGACUCGCUUGGCAUGCCACUGAAACAAAACCGUCAGACUUUGAUGUUUAGUGCCACUUUUCCUGGAGAGAUUCAGAGGUUGGCUGCAGAUUUCAUGAGGAGUGAUUAUUUGUUCCUUGCUGUUGGUCAAGUGGGAGGAGCCUGUGGUGACGUACAGCAGUCCGUUCUCCAGGUAGACCAGUAUUCCAAAAGAAACAAACUGGUUGAAAUUCUCACCAACAUAGGUAUUGAGCGGACUAUGGUCUUUGUCGAUACCAAGAGAAAAGCUGACUUUCUUGCUGCUUUCCUUUGUCAAGAGAAAUUCCCUACAACAAGCAUUCAUGGUGAUCGAGAGCAAAGGGAAAGAGAGAUAGCACUUGGUGAUUUCCGUACAGGGAAGUGUCCCAUUUUGGUGGCUACAGCAGUGGCAGCACGAGGGUUGGACAUUGAACACGUGCAACAUGUUAUUAACUUCGAUUUGCCUUCCACUAUUGAUGAAUAUGUCCAUCGCAUUGGACGCACAGGCCGUUGUGGACAUGUUGGCAAAGCAAUAUCAUUCUUUGAUUCAAAUACAGAUAUGCCAAUAGCACGUGCCCUCCUAAAAGUCCUUUCUGAUGCCCAACAAGAAGUUCCUAUAUGGUUAGAAGAAUUUGCUUAUGCUGCUCAUGGGACCAGUUACCACAAUCCCCUUGGAAAAGUGUUUGCUUCUGUAGAUACCCGUAAGAGCUUGGGUGUUAACAGAAACUUCAGUGGCUAUGAAGCAAGUGUACCAGUGACGUAUGGUGGAAAUGAAGAAGAUAUUUGGGAAUAAUGCCAACAUUUAGAACUUUAAAUCAAUGUCCACUAAGGGUUAUUAAUAUUGAAGCUUUUCAUUGUUAACUUGUUUUGUAGGUAGCUCAUUUCUUAAAAUUUGAGUGUUUGUAUUCAGUUGCACACUUUCAUAUUUAAGUUGUAUCACAGUGGUCAGAUAUUACAAUGUUGAUCUAUUUAUUUUGGUUAUCUGUAUGACUUGGGGAAAUAAAGUUCAAAAUAAGGUUAUAAUUAAUAAAUUGCAAAGCUAAAUGUCAUGUCAUUUUCUUGUGCUGACUCUGAAGAGCAAUUUUACAGCUACUGAUAACCAGUGGGUUUCUAUUAUUAAUAGACAUUGAUUUAUAGGUAUUUUGUAUAACUUAAAUCCCUUGGAAUAGAUGUAGCUUUUUAAAGAUCAUCAUAAAGGAUAGGUGUAGGGCAUGGGGAGUGCAAAGCAGAAAUUUUGAACUUUAGUACCAAAGUGGCCUGAAGCAUGUCUGCCAGUUAUGCAACUCUCACAUAAGAGUUCAAGCAGAGAAUGUAAUGACUGGAGAUGGGCUGCACUGGAGGUCUAAUAUCACUUUUGCGUAAAGAUUUUGUACUGAAUUGAUAGAAAACUUAAACCCAGGGUGAAGUAUAGCAGUUACUGUAUGUAUGAUGCUACAUGUAUAUACAACUUUGUCUCAGAAUUAUCCCUUCCACAAACUCCAUUCAGAACACUCCUUAAUUAGCCUAAAUUUUUGGAUUUGUUCACCUUGAGAAUCAAAUCAUGUAAAUUUUGCAAGAAAAUAAAUCAAAGAAAUGAGCACAAUGUUAAACUUGAGGGUGUAGCGGUUGCUACCGCAG